AUGGCCGGCUCACAAGAAGAAGAGCAACAAUGGGAAUUGUCGGAGGAGGGCAAUCAUGUCUCAUUGACACAUGAUCACCUAAAUGUCAACGCAAUCAUGGACCGCGUUCGUAGCCCCUCAGCGGGCGCGAUAGUUCUAUUCGCAGGCACCACGCGCGACAACUUUGCCGGUAAACCUGUGCACUCGUUGACCUAUACAUCCUAUCACCCCCUCGCCCUGCGCACGCUCCUCUCCAUCGCCACAUCCAUCAAAGCAACCCACGGUCUCACCGGCAUCGCCAUCACCCACCGCCUAGGACCUGUACCCAUAGGCGAGGAGUCCAUACUCAUCGCCGUGUCCAGUCCCCAUAGACAGGCUGCCUGGCGUGCGGGCGAGCAGGCCCUCGAGAAAUGCAAGGAUAGGGUCGAGAUCUGGAAGCGGGAGGAGUUCACUGGCGAGGAGGGCGUGUGGCGGGCCAACCGCGAUGGCAAGAUGGGUGUCAAAGAAACGGAAUAA